AUGGAGUUGACUAUCCCGGUUGAACAGAUUGGAUCCGAACACCAAAAGAUUCCGGCACUGUUGGUUGGUAUUGAAAAAACGGUGUGUACAAUACGGUAUACUGCAAAUCACUGUACAAUUAAAGUUGGUCUUUCCGAGCUUCAGUUGGCCCCAAAUGCGUUUUCGAUCAACGACAAGCUGGAUGUCCAAUCUGGUUCGUCUGAAAAUGGGGAAACGCCUCAUAAUUCAAAUCAUAACUUCUCACUCAGAGAUCCUGUUGAGGUCUGGCUAGAUUCUGGUUCAACUGCAAAGAAAAAAAGUACAGCAGAUGUAGAAACGAGCGACUCUGUAGAAACUAUGUCUAGUGGUCCACCUGGGGCGUGGUGGCCUGGUCGAGUUCUUACCAUACAAGGUGGCUUCGCACAUGUCGAGGUUGCUGCCCCAUUACAGGAGUACACUGGUGUAGAAGAUAAACCAACUGCACAUGCCAUGCCUCAUUUAAUUGGACUUGGUUCUGUAGUCUUGCCAUAUCGCUCAACUCUUGUCAAGGUAACGGAAAUUCGAGUUCCAUGGAAUGGCAAGUUUUCGUGUGAUCAUACGGAGGAUCGAUCUCAAGCGGGUACUUUGACGUCAGGCUUCAUUAAGGACAACUUAGUCGAAUCGAAUAAUUUGUUAAUCCCAGGAAUCCUUCAUCGUCACAGUAUUUGCAUUCCAGCUUACUUGUAUCGAUUAGCAGCCAAUCCAGAAUCACAUUCAACUUUAGCUAAAUUUUGUGGUGCUCCAUGUCUUAUCCAGUGUGAUUCUGAACCAUUUCUCCCAGGAACGUUUGCGAAACUGAUACUAGGAGAUAAAGAGGGAUCAAAUGGGUCUGGACGACACACACCAGUUCAUGCAGACUAUGGAUCAAUGAGCCCUUCCUUGUGUCUAUCGACAUAUACAUGGCCUUCACCAUCUCUGAUAUCACAAGCAGCUAUGAUGAAUGUUCCGUAUAUCGCCGGAACACUGAGUCCAGCAGGGAUUACAGACCCAAACAUCCUUUUGACAGGUCUACCUGGAGCCAAUGGACCUCUUGUACUGCUCCAUAUCUGGUCCGGUUCGUCUGAAGCAAUUCGACGCGCAACUUUCUUAGAAUUGGGCCACAUUCGUUUGUUGGCUGUUCGAUUCCACUUGCUAAGAAACUUAUCCAAAGGGGAGACUGGUGAUCUGGAAUUGUCCAACAGCGGUGAACUAGAUGUCGAAGAUGGCGAUGCUCCUGCAAUUCAUUGCAAACCUAUAAGUAUGCCAGCAACUGUGUCCAGUGACAAACAAGCGUCUGGUGGGAUGAUUAUUGGUUAUGAAUGUCGUUUUCGAAUUUUGCCACAUUUGAUUGGUCUCGCUAUUGGGCAUCGUGGUGCAACUAUUCAAGAAGCUCGAGGAAUACCUGGAGUUCGUGCGGUGGAUCUUCUUUUUGAUGGCAUAGUCCAUGUAGAAGCUGAGACUAUUGAAGCAUGUCACGCAGUGAGAAAUCUUUUGGAUUUCACUGAAGUUGAGAUUCCAGUCCAACCACGAUUAGCAAGUAGGCUGAUCGGAUCGAAAGGCAUGAAUAUUCGCAAAUUAGCAGAAGCUGCAGGUGUUCGGCGAGCUAAGCUACUUGAUCCUUUCGCUAGAAAACGCAGACUAAUGGCUCAACGUCAAAGUCAUUGUCCAGUACGUGUUGACUUGGAACGUGGAGGUUCUGUAACAGAUGGCGAUGCUCAUGAAGAUACAUCAAACGGUGAAGAAACUGACAACGGGAACGAAAAGCUUUCUGUCAAUCUGGAUGGUUAUUUGAAUGAUGACAAGAACUCCGGUGGUAUCGUCGACUUAUCCCCUGCUUUCUCUCUUGUUGGUACACGUUCAUCUGUUGCGAAAAUGCGUCUACUACUUGAAUUCCAAGCCGAUAAUUGGAAUGAACUAGAUGAAUUAGAAGAAGCCCGAAGAUCGCUGUUCAGUCAGUUGCGUCAAACCAAUCAACUCAAUCACCAAUCGGAUUCUGUAUCACCUACUCGCAUUUCAAAUGGCAGGCCUAGUAGAGGUGGUGGGAAUUUCGGGAGGAAUCGAACUGUGGGUCGCGGUCGUCGACAACCUGAGAGCUUUGUUCCUGAGCAAUCUUUGGAUGAUAAAGAAGUAUCUCAUCCGCCUAAUGCUCAUGGGCAACACCUGCGUGCCAAAAAUACCCACCAGUCAGAUGUACCCAAUAAUAAUAUGAAAAAUCGUCAAUCAUCAGUCAAUGGUUCGUAUCCUUGUUAUUCUAACGGUGCAAUGUCAACUGGUGAUCAUGGAAAUCCACAAGCUGACAAUAAAGCCAUUAAGAGUGAUAAUUUGGGCGCAAAUAAUGUAAAUGACGACCAAACAUCAAAACAGAACAACGGUACCUCUAGACGUAGUCAAAACCACAAUAAGGCAAGAGCAAGUUAA